AAAUGAAACUGCAUGCGCGCGCACGAGCCAGCGAUCUCGAGGUAAAAUGGCGUCGGGUGCCAUUUCAACUGACUUUAAGAAGAUUUCAGAAUUAAGGGUAGUCGAUUUAAAGUCUGAACUCAAACGGAGGAACUUGGACACUACUGGCGUUAAGAGUAUUCUACUCGCUAGACUGAAACAGGCAAUACAAGAUGAAGAUGGGGACCCAGAAAACAUUCAAAUCCAGCUUUCAACUGACUCUACACCUAGAAGAAGUGGGAAAUUCAAAGGCAAAAAAACAGAUUCUGACGUGGACACCACUGCAGAAGAAGAUUGUUAUGUCAAGGAAAGUGAGGAGGGUGAAUCUGAGAAAGAUGUAACUGAUACAGAUGAUGGUACUCGUGAAAAUUCUAAGCCUCCGCCCUGUGGGGAAAGCCUUGCUCACUCCGAAGCUGAGCCGGAGACAGAAGCCGUAGCGCCUGACGAUGAUUCAGAGCCUGAGCCAGAAGCCGAUGCUGAACCAGGAGACGAGGACGCCGAAGCAGAGACCGAAGUGCCCGAGCUCGAUGCUGAAGCAAUGAGUCCCUCUAAAGAUGCUGAGGAUGAUCACCUAUUUGUUUCAAUGCAAAACGAAGAUGCCAUCACCCUUGAUGUUGAUGGGGACGAUCUCCUGGAUACAGGUAAACAUGUGAAACUUCCAGAUCCAGAGGCAGAGAAGAGCAUUGAUGAGCCAGAGGCCUCUGCUGACACGGAUCCCGAUGAUGACAUGAAGGAGGACAAAGAGCCAGAGGGCCCUGAAGGUGGUAAGAACGAUGACGAAUCCGGAGAUGAGACCACGAAGAAAGACAACCGAGACGCCUCGAAGAAAGCCGAAACCGGAGAUAAAGAUAAAGAUUCUGGAAACAAAGGCCCCUCCACUACUGGGGCAUCAGGUCAAGAAAAGAGCUCUUCAAGAGAUCGAGAUGGAAAGGCUGCCAAAGAUGAAAAGGCAGCUGGAAGCAACAGCAGCUCCUCUCAGAACCUGUGGGUGAGCGGCCUUUCUUCAAACACCAAAGCAGCUGAUCUAAAGAACCUGUUUGGCAAAUAUGGGAAGGUUUUAAGUGCUAAGGUGGUCACAAAUGCUCGAAGUCCUGGUUCCAAAUGUUACGGGUUGGUGACGAUGUCUUCCAGCACAGAGGUGACCCGCUGUAUCACCCACCUGGACUGUACAGAGCUCCAUGGGCAGGAAAUAUACGUCGAAAGGGCCAAAAACGAUCCAUUCAAAAAAGGACCCUCCAAGAAUGAAGAAGAGGACAAAGCAAGUUCCAGCAAAUUAAACGAGAAGCGUGUUUCUACUGGGACAAAAAUAACUAAAGCUCAGACAUCAAGCAAAAAAGUGGAGAAGAAGCCUGAGAAAUCAUUAGAGAAAGAUAAGGAUUUAUCGAAGAAACAGGAAGCCAGAAGUGGAAGAUCCGAGUCGGUUUCAUCCAACUCCGAUCAAGACUCUUUAAAGAAGGAUGACAGGAAGCAUGGGCGAUCAAUGAGUCCAGGGAAGGUUAUGAUUUUAGAUCGUAACAAAGGUGACCCCAAUUUCAGGCCAAGACCUUUUCGUAGGGGAAGAUAUUUUGAUCAGCCCUUUCCAAACCCCUAUUUUCAAAGGCAGCCAAGAUGGUUGAUUCCACCUGAAGAGUUGGAGAUGAUAAGACAAAAACGGCGACAGUUUCCAAACAAAGAUGAGAAUGGAGAGAUCUUGCCGUUUGAAAAGAUCAAGGAGCAGAGAGAACAGAGGAUGCGGGAACGCAUGGAGCGCGUCCGUAGAGCUGUAGAUCUGCGCAGACGCCGGGAAGUAGCAGAACAAGAACGACGGGAGCGCGAGCGUGUUCGUCUGUUACGUGAGAGUGAAGAACAUGAGAACCUUCUAAGGGAGCGGCAAAGAUUGGAGAUGGAGAGACAAAAACUUGAAAGAGAGCGCUUGGAGCGGGAGAGACUGGAAAGGGAAAGAAUUCGCAUAGAGCAGGAGAGACGUAAAGAGGCAGAUCGGAUGGCUCGAGAGCGGGAGGAGCUUCGGCGGCAGCAGGAGCAACUGCGAUUUGAACAAGAAAAGAGAAACAGCUUCAAAAGGGGCCGUGAAGCAGAACAUGGGCGGAGGGAAGGUCCUUUCUGGAAUGGGAAUAAGAAGAUCCAGCUGGAGUCAGAAGUCCGUUCAAACCAGGGCUCCAACUUCAACCGGCCGCAGAACCGCUUUUCAAACUUUAAUCCUCGUGAGAGGGGUCGGUUUCCAGAAGCUGCUGCCCAACAGCCAAACACGUUUGACAGACGCAACAGGUUUGACGGUGAACCAGAGAUGAAGAAGAGUCGCCCUGCUCCUCUGAGAGAGGGCGCCACCUUUGACCGCUACCCCAAGAACUUUGACGCUGUCCGCAGGCCUGUGCCCCCCCCACGCGGUGAUGUCAGAGACACUGACCGCAGGGACAGAGAUGACAGACGCCCUGCACCCAUGCACGAUCGCCCUGUAGGACCAAGAGCCACGCUGCCCAACAUGUCUCAAACACGGCCAGCACGUGUUGGGGGGCACGGGGUAUGGAAGAAUGAAGGACUAGCCCCUAAAGGAGAUAUAAGAGCACCCAUCCGCGUCCAUUCAGAAAGAGCGGGCCCUUCAGUCAACCGUGGAAGAAGCAACUUCAAUGAUCGAGAUGAAGGCAGACCGAUCAUGAUGAGUAAUCAGACGUUCGGAUCUGGUCGCCAGGUUGUGGUGGAGCGUCACAACAGGGAGCAGGGACUGAGAAAAGAGUGGCACAGCAGUCCGAGCUCUCAAGGAGGAGGCUUCACUGACAAUCGCAGGAUGGCAGACAGUCGAGGAAGCGUCAUGACCUCCAGUCACUCAUCAGGAAUUGGCCGUAUUGUGCAGAUCACUAACAACUCCAAUCCCAGUGGUGGCGCUGUAGGCGGAUUCAAGCCCUUCAAAGGAGUUCCACGGCCGUUCUGAUACCAACUCGUUUGGUCCCUUUCUAAGAACUUUAUUUCUAGAGGGGGUUUCAGUGGCUGGUCUGUGGCCACGGGGUUGUUAACACUAUUUUAUUGUGUAGACUGUGUUCAUGUCAUUGUAGAGUUUUCCUGACAGUUCUGUUCUGUAAAACUACCCUGUGUGCACACGUCAGUAUCUAGCUCAAUGUUGUACAGCCCCAGACCUUUGUAACAAGUUUUCAGGUGAUUUGAGUUCACUUUGUCUGUGGAUUUUCAAUAGGUUAGAGUUGCACAGUUUUCCUGUGUAAUGUUAUGUUUUAGCGUAUUACAGAAUUCCAAAUGAGAAAAAUAUAUUCAUUUGGUUAUUAUGGAGAGAUUAUUGUUUUCUUCUUUUUUUAUUUUGGUGCUGAUGUCUUAUUUGAAAACCAUUUGAUGGCUUUGCUUUAAAAACAUUGAGCUGCAUAAAUAAGCUGCACUGUAGCACAAAGCGGUCAGUUUCUUAUGGUUCCUUUGGUUUCUGUUCAGAGCUGUUUAAAAAAAAAAAAUGUGAACUUUAAUUGGACAGAGGGGACCAGUAAAGUCACAACUAUCCAUGGUUAAAUAUUCUGUUAAUCUUAAAGUAAUUUUUAAGUUGAAAGCACAAACCUUUACACAAGUUGAAAAUAGUUUAAUUCCAUGAAGCAUCUAAAGAGGGUAAACAAUGUGUUGUUGGAUGACAUUUGAGUCUAGAGAGCAUUGUGUUAGGAGGUACUGUUCGCAGUCUGUUCUGACAUUUCAGCUAAUUCACCCCCCCCCUAUUAUUUUGAAACCUGCCAAGCUUCUUAAUUCUUUCAGUUGGACCAAUAAACAAUGCUGUCAUGCAUGUA